UUAUGCCCAAUUGUAAUUGUGAUAACAAACAACAAAGAGUUUUCAAUGGUCUAGGAUAUAAUGCUGCACCUUCAGCUCCAUCUCUAGAAAUUAAUAUUAAUCAAAAUAACCCAAGUCCUUGUCAAUCCUACAUUGAUGGCUAUACCCCAACUCCAAUCUCUUCACCCAUAACGAAAUCAAUUCGGCGCCCUCCAAAUUCACCUCCUCCACCUCCACCAUCUGCCCCCUUUUUAGAAAAUGAAUAUUCAACACCUAAUUAUUUAAUUAAUGAUAAUAAUAGAAGAGAAGGUUGGCGACAAUUAGGCAGAAAUGCAUCAAUUAAGGCUGUAAAAGCAGGAGAGGCUAUUCGUAAUAAAUUUAAUAAUGAAAGGAAUUGGGCUAUAUUUAAAUUAAGUUUAUGCGAAUUAUUAUUUUCAACAAUUCUUCUUUCACUUGGCAUUGUUUGCGUUUGUAAAACAAAAGAAUUUUGUCCCUAUUAUUCGGCUAUUUGGACUUCAAUAAUUUUCAUUUUAAAUUCAUUAAUUGGAUUAAUUACCUCAAAAACUAAUUUUGUUGAUCAUUAUAUUACUCAUUUAAUUCUUUCAUUAAUUUCCAUUGUUUUAACUUUUGUUGGAGGAACAAUUUCUUUAAUAAAUUGGCAAUUAAUUGGAACAUACAAACAAAAUAAUGAAAGAGGACGGCAAUUAAUUAAUCCAAAAGCAGAUGAGGAACAAAUGUAUAGAGCCUUUUGUCUUUUAGGAGAACACGAUUCUCGAAGGAUUAGUUAUAUUUAUUCACAUAUGAAUGAAUAUAAUUUUAGAGAGGUAAUUAAAUUAAUUAUAAAGGUGUUAAAUAAUUAG